UGUCGCAGUUUGAGCCUCGUGCAUUCAGGAAUCACAAUGGGAACAACACUGUUACUGUUACUGAUAACUCUGGCAAUCGGCCAGACAUUGUCCAAUAACCCUGGGGUCAAGAUGAGAGUGACACCAAACGGAAUUGAUUACGCUGAGAAAGUUGCUAAAAAAAAACUAACCGAAGCCAUUAACACCAUUCGUUUGGACAACAUGCAAGGAAAAGAUGGACAAUUUGAGUACUGGUUGAAAAAUCUCCGUUUGAGCAAUGUUGCAAUUCCCAGCAUCGACAUGUCUUCAAAUCCUAGCCAACGUGGACUGACCAUGAACCUGAGAAACUUUGGAGUGGAUGUCGUCUUGGACUACAGCGUUCGUUAUACGCUCUUGUUCAUUCCUAUUUCUAAUUCUGGCGGUGUCACAGUCAAUUUCAGGCGAGUGGAUCUUACAGUUACUGUUGGAAUAGAUCAGUUUGAAGACACGAGCCCAAAACUUGUAUCACGAAGCUGCAGUGCAAAUAUUGGAGACUUCAAUGUGAACUUCCAGGGAGACUUGGCCUGGCUUCUGAAUCUCUUGAAAGGACUGUUUAGUGGAAUGAUAAAAGAUAUCGUAAAGAGCAAGGUUUGUGACAAAGUUAAAGAUGUAAUCAACCAUGACGCUGCGAACCAGUUACGAAAGAUAACAUUGGAAGCUGAUAUUAUAGAUAAGUUUAUCAUUGACUACAGAUUGCUUUCUCCCGUGGUGUUUACUGACAAUUACCUAGAGAUGCCGCUCAAGGGAGCUGUUUACUGGAAGGCAGACAGACAAAAUCAGAUUCCUUUCUCACCAGCUGCUAUACCUGCAUGGACAGACAACAGCAGGAUGUUUUACCUGUGGAUGACAGACUAUGUACUGAAGACAUUGGGCUAUGCUGCACAUUCACAUGGAUAUCUUCAAUUCUUGAUCUCCCCUGAGAGGCUUCCAGCGCAAGCCAAAAGUUUCUUGAAUACAACUUGUCCAAAUUCAGCAUGUGCUGGCACCUUGAUUCCUCUGCUGGCCGAAAAGUUCCCGGACUCUUUGGUCACUUUGACAAUAUCUUCAAGCAAGGCUCCAGACUUCAAUAUCACCAGUAACGGCCUUGGACUGACUCUCUCUGGGACUUUGGAUUUGUCUACAACAUCAGCAUCAGCCGUGGUGACAGCUAACGUGGUCAUAUCGCUUGUUGGAACAGUUAACAUCAGAAACAAUCGUAUCGUUGGCCAAGUGAAAACAUUCAGAACUGUCAUUGAAUCUUUUCAUUCUCAAAUUGGAAACGUAGACGUAGCGUCUAUCAACAGAGCACUAGAUGAAGGGAUGACUAUGAUAUUAAUUCCUCAAUUGAACGCUAUAGCUGAUGGAGGAGUCAUGCUGCCAGUAAUUCCUGAUUUAAAUUUUAAAAAUCCAAGAAUCAGUUAUCAAGAUAAUGCAGUCAUCGUGGGUUCUGACGUACAGUAUCAAGGCAUUGCCUAAACAUUUGGCUUAGGACAUUCGUGAUUGGAGGAAAAGUUUUAGUUUUAUUUCUAAGAUUUUAACUUUUUUUUUUCUCUGCAUCAUUCAGUCUUUUACUUAAUAAUUAAGAACCGAUCACAUGGUAACCACUAGUUCAAGCAAAAUAAAACAGUUCUUAGAAUUGGCUUUGAGUUAUUGCUGGUUUUUUCUGUUCAGGUGGCACAAUCAAAUGCAUUAAACUAUGGAAUACAACUUAUUAUUAAAACAUCUCGUUACAUUUUUGGUUACA